UCGAUGAUCAUACCUACGGGCGGCCGUUCAGUUAUUUUCGUGUAUCGCUAGAGAACGCGCGCGAUUUUCCGAGCAUGGCGCGAAAUCUGUGUUUACGUCAAAUCAGGGAGUUGAAAUCUCUAAGGAAGUUUUCCACAAGUGUUGCGUCGAGGAAAAAUGAGGAGUUCAUCAUCAAAUCGCCCCUUGGCGAAGUGGAAGUACCAAAAAUGAGGUUUUUGGAUCGCGUUUGGAAGUAUUCCGCGGGUUUUCAGGAUCAUGUAGCUGUGAAAUGUGCGGAAACAAAGAAGAGUUACACGUACAGACAGGUGAGAAAGAACAUGGCAGUGUUCGCAACGUCACUGCGUAAGAAACUGUGUUUGAAGGAAAAUGACAUAGUUUCUGCGCUCUUGCCUAAUAGCCCGGAAUUCCCUGUUGUCGCAUUUGGAACAUUACAGGCUGGAUGCAUUUUUAGCCCUGUGAAUCCAGCUUAUAAGGAAAUCGAGAUAAGUCACCAAAUAAGUACAACACAACCGAAAGUAAUAAUUACAAUACCGGAGAGUUACGAUAACGUAAUGAAGGGAAUUAAACUAUCAAAGAGUAAUGCUCAAGUCAUCAUUGUUGAUAGUCCCAACAAACCUGUACCCGCUGGAGUGAUAAGAUAUUCCGACCUCGCUGAAUCCGGUGAAGCAGACUAUAUAUUUCUUGAUACAAUUGAAAAAAAGAAUGACGAUGUAGCUCUAAUACCAUUUUCGAGUGGCACUACGGGAUUACCUAAAGGAGUAGAGAUAACCUAUAAGAAUUUACUGGCCGCGGCUGAAAUUAUGGCCGUAAAAGAGAACUGUUUUCCAAUUUUAACACAUGGUGAUUUCCAAGAUGUUGUCCCGUGCAUACUACCGUUUUUCCACAUAUAUGGAAUGGUGGUCACUUUACUUGGGCAUUUUACUAACGGCUGCAAGUUGGUGACUUUGCCGAGGUUUUCCACUAGUCUAUACUUUGAUGUGCUGAGGAAUCAGAACCCUUCACUCUUAUACGUCGUACCUCCUGUUGCAAUCCUCCUCGCAAAGCACCCAGACGUGACGAAGGAUCACUUCAAGAAUGUCAGAACAAUCGUAUGCGGCGCUGCGCCUUUAUCAUCCUCCGAUGUCACUGCACUUUUAGAAAAAGGAAACGGAAAGUUGGAAUUCUCUCAAGGCUUCGGUGCAACUGAAACGACUUCUCUAGCUACAUCCACAUUCAUCGGGACGAAGGACGUCGAUUUCUCAUGCUGCGGUUUUGGCUUGGCUAGUACAGAAAUGAUGUUCAUAGACCCUAUGACGGUACAACCUGUUCCUAUUGGUGAGUCAGGGGAACUGUGCAUACGUUCUCCCACUGUGAUGAAAGGUUACUACAAAAACGACAAAGCUACAAAGGAGACGAUGACAGCAGAUGGAUUCUUCAGAACUGGUGAUUUGGGACAUUACAGUCCCAACUACGGUGUCUACGUAACUGAUAGAAUAAAGGAACUGAUUAAGGUAAAAGGAAUGCAAGUAGCUCCAGCAGAACUCGAAAGUAUCCUACGAUCGCACCCAGCGGUCCAAGACGCGGCUGUCAUUGGCGUUCCCCACGAGUACUACGGCGAAGCACCCAAAGCCUUCAUCAUAAAGAAGAACGGUCUUAACGCGUCAUCUGAAGAAAUACAGGAUUUUGUAGCAAACAAAGUGGCUUCGUUUAAGAAGAUCGAAGAGGUUGUGUUUGUGAAUGACAUUCCGAAAACUAGUUCGGGGAAGAUAUUGAGAAAGGAAUUAAAGAAAAUGCAUGCGUAGCAAAAAAGAUUAUGAAUACUAAGUUUUAAAGGAAGCCUACCUUUUGUUAAGGUGGAAAGAAGUUGUGACAUUAAAUAGUCCCUGAUUCUCUCAUGAUAAAUCUACAACAUAAACUAAAAUAUUAACAAACCAAACAAAAUUAUGGGCAUGAUACCCAAAACGUCUUUGCGUCGCUGGAGACACCUUUAGGCUACAUAAAUGAAAGCUCUUUGGUCUCCAUCGCAUGGAUCAACUGGGAAAAAAUUUCGUGUCCAAUGACCAUGGGACUGGGAGUGUAAAACUCAAGCAUGGUAUUGAAAUAUUAAAUUGUCACGAAAUAAAUUUGAUUUCAAAGUCUUCAUCGAGGGACUUUAUUUAUACGCCACUAAUUGUAGUUCAGAGAAUGCUACGAUUUUAAUGUUACCUACAUACAAUCGUAGAGAGUAAUCAGAGAGAGAGAGAGAGAGCUCUUGUGUAAAGACAGUCUUAGAAUGUAUGGUUUAGGUAUUUGUAUAUUAAAUUCUUUUCAAUGGUAUUUGUUCAGCCUUAUAUUAUGAAAGCGAAAGUGUAACAGUCUUUCCGGCAGUUUCUUUUUUACUUUUUAAAAUCCCGGAACCUUUAAAUGCCAGUAAAUAGCGUAUAAGCGUCAGCAUUUUUUAACAACCAUCUGAACAUUGGGAUGGUCUGUAUUUUUUUCUGGUGUUUUGAUGUUUGAAAAAUCUCGUGCAAGUUUGGAUGAGUAAGUUUGAUUGUUUAUUAUAUUUACUGUUAUAUACAUAGUUGGUAUAUUCGAUCGGUUAAUUAUAUGGUUUAAAAAAUAGGUGUGGUAAAUAUUUAAGGACGUAAGAUAUAAAUAAUUUCUGAAAUUAUAUAAAAGUUCCUUAAAGUUCAACUUUCGUUUGGUUAACGUAUUAUUAGAAAAUAAACAUAUUCAGGUUGUAUAAAAGCUUAAUUUUGUUUGUUUCAAUAAACACCUAAUUAAUGAUAAUACAUAGGUACACAGAAAAAAAAACCACUACUAAAGAUCAAAAGAAGGCUAUAUUUUCUAAGAUUGUCAUGCAAUACAGAAGCUUUAAUAAUCCUGUUUUUGUUCAGUUUAUCUAGCCUAAUGUGCCAAUUUUAUACGAUCCAAAAUAUAUUUCUUCGACUGAAAAUAUAAAUACAUUAGUAAAAAAAUUCCGAGAACGUGAUAUUAAAAAGAAAGCUCUAUAUUUCAGUACAAGUUUAUCUUUUAAACCAUGUUAAGAUGAUUUAAUUUUCAGGAAAAUGGUCUUACGCCCUUGAGCAAUAAUAUGGAGUGGUUUAAAAAUUUUAUGAUUAUUAUUGUGUGUUGGGGCCGUAUUAAUUUUAGAAUAAAAUAUAUUAUCAAGUAAUGGUAUUUUUUAAAAAUUUAUUGAUCUACUACUGUUAAAUGCAAUCAA